AUGGAUGUGCCGGAAGACCGUUUCUACGGCUCCCACACGCCGGACCGCUCCGACACCAACAGCCCGCGGUCUCACAUGAGUAGUCCCAAUUCCACAUCUUCCAUUAAUGUUACGGAUCAGUCGUUAGCGAUGUCACAGCAUCAGCAGAACUUGGAAACGUUAAAUCGUAUGGGAAUGUUCUUUCACGCGCAACAGAUGCAUCUUAACCAGAGUUUCGACGCCGUGAAGUCUAGGUUAGGCUUGACUCAAGUGCCUAGUGUUAGUCAGGGCCCGCGGCAUACGAUAGACGCAAUACUGGGGCUAAAUGGGACGAGACAGAGAGUGAGUGAGUUUGAACAAAGACGGGAGGACAGAGAUAGAGAGUGUGAAGCCGUACCAGUAUCGCCCGGAGCUAUUGAAAGUGCUGGCGAGGGUUCUUGUAACAGCAAUGAUGGGUAUCAGCAAGCAGUCGAAGAUAAAUCUGACGAUGAAGACGCUCCACGGCCUGGUUCAGCCGCCGAUAAAAAGAAGCACCGACGGAACCGCACCACCUUCACCACUUACCAGCUGCAUGAACUGGAACGGGCAUUUGAAAAGAGUCACUACCCUGACGUUUACUCGCGAGAGGAAUUAGCAAUGAAGGUCAACUUACCAGAAGUCAGAGUCCAGGUGUGGUUCCAGAAUCGUCGUGCCAAGUGGCGUCGGCAGGAGAAAAUGGAGGCCGCUCGCCUCGGAUUAUCAGAAUACGGCUGUGCACCUGUACCUCGUCUGUCUGCCCUUGGCUUGCCUGUUGAUCCUUGGCUCGCCCCACCCUUGCUUACUGCUCUACCAGGUUUCCUGAGUCAUCCACCAUCAGGGUACCCAAGCUACCUAACUCCACCAGCGCCAUCCGUCCCUGCGCCACCCGCCCCAGCCGACCCACGAUCAUCCUCCAUCGCAGCGCUGCGAAUGAAGGCCAAGGAACACGUAGAAAGCCUUAGUAAAGGCCUGCAAAUGGUUUAGUGUUGCGUGUGAAUGUUGAACAUUUCUAAAACUUAUG